CCUGCCCACCCACCAUGGACGUGCCCUGGUCCCUGGGGCUGAUUCUACUCCUCUGGGAGGCCUCUCUGGCCCAUGCAGAGCCACUGUACAUCCUGGUGAGCCCCCGAGUCCUGCGGGUGGGCAGCCCCGAGGACAUCUACGUCCAGGCCCACAGUGACUCCCCGCAGCCUCUCAGGGGGCCCCUGGAGGUGAACAUUACCUUGUGGGACUUCCCCAGGAAGAGUACAAUGGUGGCCCAGGGCCAGCUCACUCUCUCACCUAAAAACCACUUCAUGGACAAAGUCUCCUUGACGGUUCCAGAGGAACUGGUCUACCCCGCAAAGCCAGGACAGCAAUACGUCACCAUCCAGGCAAACUGGGGGCCUAUCUCGACCUCCUCGUUCAUGGAGAAGCACGUGCUCGUGGCUCCCCACGCUGGCUACAUCUUCAUCCAAACAGACAAGACCAUCUACACCCCUGAGCACUGGGUUCAGUACCGAGUGUUCACAGUGGACCACAAGAUGGAUCCUUCGAACAGCCCGUUCGAUCUGCACAUCAAGAACCCAGAGGGAAUUACGGUGCUCAGCCAGAGUCUGCUGGCCAAGGACGGCUUCUUCGUCAACUCCUUCCACCUCCCGGAGCUCAUCAGUUUGGGGACGUGGAGCAUUGAAGCCAGUUACCAGAGUGCCCCUGAGCAGCCAUUCAAGGCAGCCUUUGAGGUGAAAGAGUAUGUGCUCCCAUCCUUUGAGGUCAAGCUGACCCCAAACAAGACUUUCUUCUACCUCAACGACACCGCUCUGGGCAUCGACAUCCAUGCCAGAUACUUAUUCAACAAGCCGGUGGAUGGACACGCUCUGGCUAUCUUCGGGGUGUCACUGGAUUCCCGCCGGGUCCCCAUCGAAAGCUCCCUGCAGAGGGUGGAGGUAUCGGAAGGCCUGGGCCAUGCCUCCCUCCAGAAAGACACUUUGAUGGCUGCAUUCCAAGGGCCAGAAGAGGAGUUCAUCGGGGCGUCAGUCUACGUCAACAUCACCGUGUUCUCCACAGGGGGGGAGAUGGUCCGGACAGAGACUUCGGGAGUGAAGAUUGUCCGGAGCCCAUACAACAUCCGGUUCAUCAGGACACCCCACUAUUUCAAGCCCGGAAUGCCAUUCAACUUCAGGGUCUUGGUCUCAAACCCUGAUGGGUCUCCAGCCUCCGGAGUCAUCGUCCGUAGUGAAGGCCACGAAGUGCAUUCCUCAGUCGAUGGGGUGGCUGCUCUGACCAUCAACACAGAGGCAGAUCUGAACCAGCUCCCUAUACUGGUACAAACUAAUGAACAUCUCCAGCCAGAAGAGCAGGCGUCUGCCAGGAUGACAGCUCAGCCCUACUCAACUCAGGAUGGGUCAGGGAACUUCCUGCAUAUUGAAGUAAAGUCAUUGAGCACCGAAGUUGGCAGCAACAUCCACCUGAGCCUCAACACAAGGCAUCGGAACCCCUCAACCAAGGACCAGAUCACCCACUUCACCCUCCUGGUCCUGAGUAAGGGUCGGAUCGUGCUUGCCAAACAUCAGCCAAAAAGCCAGGGAGGCGUCUACACAGCAGCCAUUCUUGACGUGACUCCAGAAAUGCUGCCCUCCUUCCGCAUCGUGGCCUUUUAUUUACUGCCCAAGGGAGCAAGCCAGGACCCUGAGUUGGUGGCUGAUUCUGUAUGGAUUGAUGUGAAUGACAGAUGCAUGGGGACGCUGAAGGUUAGCUUGAAGAAAGAAGAAAGCAUCCAUCAUUUUGAGCCCAACAGCAAGGUGGAACUGAAGGUGACAGGUGAUGCAGAGGCCACAGUGGGACUAGUGGCUGUGGAUAAAGCUGUCUAUGUUUUGAACAGCAAGCACAAGCUCACUCAGAAAAAGGUCUGGGAUGUAGUAGAGAAGCAUGACAUUGGCUGCACAGCAGGCAGUGGGAAAGACAGGCUUGCUGUGUUCAAGGAUGCUGGACUGGACCUCAAGAUCAGCACGGGGAUGGACACCCUGGCAAGCUCAGACUGGCACUGCCCUGAAAGCCCCCCUCCUAGCCGCCACCGCCGCUCCCUGAAGAGACUGGAGACAAAGAGGAACGCAGUGAAUAAGUUCCAGACGGACCUGGAGAGGAAGUGCUGUGAGACGGGUCUCCGGGAGAAUCCUGUGGGGCUGACGUGUGAUGAGAGGAUCCAGCAUGUCCGCCAAGGCCCAGCCUGCGUGGCCGCAUUCCUGAGCUGCUGCCGUCUGUCCGAGACCCUGACCCGGGAGGCCAGGGAGGAGCAGCUGCUUCUGGGGACAAUGGAUGAAGAUGAGGACCUGGAUGACAUCUUUGAGGAUGACGCGCCCAUCCGGACUUUAUUCCCAGAGAGCUGGCUCUGGAGAAAGUUUUCUCUGCCGAAAAGAGACUCCGGCAGCCUCUCCUACGAGAUCAUCAACACCAACAUGCCGGAUUCCAUCACCACGUGGCAGUUUGUGGCCGUGAGCCUCAAAGCAAACCAAGGACUGUGUAUCUCAGACCCUUUUGAGCUGACCGUGAUGAAGCUGUUCUUCGUGGACCUUAAGCUGCCCCCGUCCGUGAUCAGGAAUGAGCAGAUCCAGGUCCAGGCUGUGCUGUACAAUUUCAGGGACCGGCAGGCCAAGGUCCGGGUGGAGCUCCCCCACAGGGAGCCCCUGUGCAGCGCGUCAAAGCCAGGAGCCCCGUCCCGCCAGGUGGUGGUCGUGCCCCCUGCCUCGUCCAAGGUGGUGCACUUUGUACUUCUGCCUCUUGAGAUGGGCAGAGUCGAUGUGGAGGUCAAGGUCGUGGGCAAUGGAAUCCAGGACCAUGUGAAGAAGACCCUCUUGGUCAAGGCAGGGGGUCAGGUAGAGCGAAUGUUCCAAAGCAUCCUUCUGAACCCCCAAGGUCAGACGCAGACGGAAUUGGUGUCAAGAAAGGACAUUUUGAACAAGGUGCCCGACACGCAGGCAGAAGUGUUCGUCAGCGUCCAAGGCGACAUCCUUGGUGAGACCAUCCUGGGCAGCCUGACACCCUCAGAGAUGCAGAGGCUGCUGAGCGUCCCAACGGGCUGCCCCGAGCAGACUCUGAGCUCCCUGGCCCCUCUGAUCAUCCUGACUGACUACCUGGACACCACAGGCCAGUGGGGCAACGUCGGGGUGGAGCUCAGAGACAAGGUGACGAAGAACGUGGUCAGCGGUGAGAGUACACGUAUUGGGUUACACCCGGAUGCUGACUCACAGGAGCGCAGAUGGCACCUACCACAUCCACAAGGGAAACCCAGGAAGUACCUGGGUGGCUACCAAGGCUCCGAGGCAGACAUAUCUCUCACGGCACUUGUACUGAUCGCCCUGGAUACGGGGAAGGAGAUGUGCGUGCACCAAGUACCGAACUUGGUUGCUAGCAUCGAGAAAGCCCGUGGCUUCCUAGAGAAACGGCUGCCGAACAUUCAGACCACCUUUGCCAUGGCCAUAGUGUCCUAUGCCCUGGCCCUCGCUAACAGCCCCCGGGCCAAUGACCGCCUGGACACCUUUGCCAGCCACGAUAAAACUCAUUGGCCAGUGCAGGAGAAGGACUGGGACUCCCUGUACACCAUCGAGGCCACGGCCUACGCGCUGCUGCAGAAGCUGGAGCUGGGGCGGAUCAACGAGACGCAGGCCAUCGCCAACUGGCUACUGAAGAAGAGGGAGCUGGGAGGAGGCUUCAAGUCCACCCAGACCACGGUGGUGGCGCUGGAGGCCCUGGCCCGUUUCCGAGCAGCUAUCUCUUCGGAGGCUGUCCAGGAUCUCCGGGUCCAGAUCAGCGUUCCCAAGAGAGCCAGGAAUGUUGAAUGGCUCAUCGACCAGAAUAACGCCUACCAGCAGCGAUCGGCAAAGUUCUCAGCCGAGGAUGACCUCCAGGUCAAAGCCAGCGGCAACGGAAGAGGCACCAUCUCGAUCCUGACCAUAUACCACAGAAUCCUGGAAUCCCAGGAGGACAGAUGCAACCAGUACUCCCUGAAUGUCACCCUCCAGCGCGCCCCAGAAGAAAAGAACCAGGAGGAGACCUUCCGGCUCCGGAUGGAAACCAGGUUCCUGGGCGAUCGAGCAGCCACCAUGACCCUAAUGGAGGUGUCCCUGCUCACCGGCUUCUACCCCAACCAGGCUGACCUCAAACAGCUGACCAGUGAUGUAGAGAUGUACGCCUUCCAAUACGAAACCAAGACCAGCUCCAGCGACAGCACGGUGGUGCUCUACCUGGAGAAGCUCUCCCACGAACAGGACACGGUGCUGGGCUUCCGGGUGCACAGGAUGCUGCAGGCGGAAUUCCUGCAGGCUGCCCUGGUCACUGUCUACGACUACUAUCAGCCUUCCCUGAGGUGCAGCGCCUUCUACAACUUGCCCCAGGAGGACACGUCUCUGCGAAAGAUCUGUCACAAAUCCGUCUGCAGAUGUGCCGAGGAGCAGUGCCCAGCCCUGAGCAAGGACCAGCGGCGCCAGGAGGAACUCCAGGCAGCGGCUUGUGAAGCGGGCGUGGACUUCGUGUACAAGGCCAGGCUGCAGGCUGUGGAGGUCUCGGACGCCAAUCCCUAUGUCUACUACAACAUGCAGCUCCAAGAGGUCAUCAAGAGUGGCACAGACCUUGCAGCGCCCCUCGCCAUGAAGAAAUUUGUCUCCCACGCCACCUGCCACGACUCCCUGGGGCUGCAGGAACGGGAGGCCUACCUUAUCAUGGGCCGGUCAUCGGAUCUGUGGCGCAUCAGAUCUGAGUGAGUGGGGGCCCCUGCUGCCCCAGAGGCCACCGGCCUGGACCUCCCUCCCCACCCCUGCCAGCCCUUGGCUCCACAGUGUCUACUCCGUCAGGGUCAGCCUGCAGGGAGGUGCAGGCUGUGCGAAUCCCCAGGAUCCCCUGUCACGCAGACCCAUUGUAGAUGUAGAUCUCUAAAGCAUCUAAGGACCCUCCCUGGCUUGAGGGACAGGUGCAACCAAAGGUUUGCACUCCGGCCGCUAACUGAAAGGUUGGCAGCGCCAACCCACCCAGGGGCGCCGCCCAAGGAAGGCCUGGCAAUUGUGCCAUCGUAAAAAUGGGCUCUCAGAAAACCCUGUGGCGCUGCUUCUGCAGAGGGUGGGCCAGAGUCAGGACUUUGUCCAGCGGCAUUGAGUUGAUGCGUUUGUUGCUCAGCGUCUCCGUUUCCAAGGAGGGGGGCAGUAGAGAGUAGGAGAAAGUGCACUUCUCUCCUCGUGGUAGAAGCUGUUUUGAAAACGAGGGGCGUGGUAGCAGAGAC